AUGAGACAGCCCAGUUCUCAAGGAAUCAUCCCCAAGGCGAAGAUAAAGACCAUCAAGCUAUCGCUGGCAAUCAUCACAGCAUUUAUUGCCUGCUGGAGCCCGUACUUCGUGUUCGACAUGAUCACCAACUUCAGCGAUCUGCCCGAGUCCGAGACUAAGAAGCGUGCCUCCCUCAUCAUCCAGAACCUACCGGCUCUCAACAGCGCCAUCAACCCCAUUAUCUACGGCUUCUUCAGCACCAAGAACUGCGGCAAGUUCAGGAGAAUCAAGUGGGUGGACUGGGUGGCUGUGCGCAUCUUUAACUGUGAAGAGCUGGAGAAGAAGGGCCAGGGAGGAGCCGUCCCACCGAGGCGCCGCACCUUCCAGUCCACCCUACAGGAGACCGUGAUAGGGCCACAGACCACCACCUCGUCCAUAUCACGGGACGUUUCCUCUAAUGCGGGACGACGGUGCGCUUUGAACAACUAGAACUUGCUCAUAUGUCACUGGA